CGGUAGAGAGAGAGAGAGAGAGAGAUUUGUGAUGGCGGUUCGAACAGAGACUCUGUCGCCGGAGCGUCUGCUGGAGGAGUCGGCCGUCUCCCCUUCACCACCGACUGACCGCCGGUCAAGCUCCAGCGAGGAGCACUCGUGGCGUCUCAACCUCAACGACAUCACCCUCCCCAGCAGCCCUCAAGGUCGAUCUCCUAGCUUCCUGCACCAUCGUCUCAGGAACCUCAGUAAACAAAAUAAGGUUGCAGAGUAUUAUAAGAAGCAGGAGAAGCUUCUUGAAGGGUUCACUGAGAUGGAAACGAUUCACGAGAUGGGUGCUGCACCAGGAUUGACUGAGGACGAGCUGAGAGAGUUAGCAAGAAGUGAAAGGCUCGCCAUCCAUGCCUCCAAUGUGGCCAACGUCGUCCUCUUCAUCGCAAAGGUUUACGCCUCUGUGGAGAGCAAAUCGCUGGCAGUCAUUGCUUCCACUCUUGAUUCGCUCCUGGACCUGCUCUCAGGCUUCAUACUCUGGUUCACAGCACACUCUAUGAAGAAGCCAAAUCAGUACAGUUAUCCCAUAGGGAAGGGAAGAAUGCAACCAGUUGGGAUUGUGGUGUUUGCUUCGAUAAUGGCUACUUUGGGUUUCCAAAUAUUGCUGGAGUCCGCUAGAGAACUGAUCACCCAGUCACAUUCGGUAUUCGACAGAGAAAAAGAGAAAUGGUUGAUCGGCAUAAUGGUGUCAGUAACUCUGGUAAAGUUUGCUCUAAUGAUCUACUGCCAAAGAUUCCAGAACGAGAUCGUCAGGGCUUAUGCUCAAGAUCAUUUCUUCGAUGUCGUCACCAACUCAACUGGUCUGGUCGCUGCAGUCCUGGCCGCCAGAUUUUAUUGGUGGAUUGAUCCUACUGGAGCCAUAUUGAUUGCUCUGUAUACAAUUAGCACUUGGGCAAGAACAGUGCUGGAGAAUGUCUGGUCACUGGUCGGGAAGACGGCGCCGCCAGAGUUCUUGCAGACACUUACCUACCUUAUAUGGAAUCACCAUCCAGAGGUUAAGCACAUCGACACUGUGAGGGCAUACACAUUUGGCUCGCAGUACUUUGUAGAAGUUGACAUUGUCCUGCCAAGUGACAUGCUCUUAAGCGAAGCGCAUGACAUAGGAGAAGAUCUACAAGAGAAGAUUGAACAGCUUCCUCAGGUGGAGAGGGCAUUCGUGCAUUUAGAUUAUGAGUGCAGCCACAGGCCUGAACACACUAAGAAGGCGUGACCUUAACUCUGAUCUUUUUACUAUAGAAAUCUGAUCAUUUGGAUGCGUUUUUUUUUUUUUUGGUUGUUGAUGAACUUGCUUUGGCUGGAUCUUGCCACCAAGUAUUGUUUCCUUUGCCCGUGCUUGAUCAGAGAAUCUAAAGUAUUGAACUAAGAACAUUGCCAGUUUGAAAUAUUGAAGGAUCUUACUUAGA